CUGGUUGGUGGAUUUAAUAAACAAAUUUGGCUCGUUAAAUGGGUUUCAAACACUGCACGAUCGCUUCAUAGGUGGCCAAGCACUGAACGUCCAGAUCAUCGCCGCACUUAUCAAGUGAGUUGGCCUGUGAACACACACGCACACUUUAAUGCAGGGGUUCUCAAACUGGGGUCACUGGCCACCUAGGGAAAUUGGCUUCAAAACUACACAAUUUUCUUAUAUACAGUGUAUUCGGAAAGUAUUCAGACCCCUCCCCUUUUCCACAUUUUGCUACGUUACAGCCUUAUUCUGAAAUUGAUAAAAUAAUUUUUUCCCUCAUCAGUCUACGCACAUACCCCAUAAUGACAAAGUGCAAACAGGUUUUUAGAAAUUUUUGCAAAUGUAUAAAAAAUUAAAAACAAAAAUACCUUAUUUACAUAAGUAUUCAGACCCUUUGCUAUGAGGCUCGAAAUUGAGCUCAGGUGCAUCCUGUUUCCAUUGAUCAUCCUUGAUGUUUCUACAAGUUGAUUGUACUCCACCUGUGGUAAAUUCAAUUGAUUGGACUUGAUUUGGAAAGGCACACACCUGUCUAUAUAAGGUCCCACAGUUGACAGUGCAUGUGAGAGCAAAAACCAAGCCAUGAGGUUGAAGGAAUUGUCCGUAGAGCUCCGAGACAGGAUUGUGUCAAGGCACAGAUCUGUGGAAGGGUACCAAAAGAUUUCUGCAAUAUUGAAGGUCCUCAAGAACACAAUGGCCUCAUCAUUCUUAAAUGGAAGAAGUUUGGAACCACCAAGACUAUUCCUAGAGCUGGCCCCCUGGGUAAAACUGAGCAAUUGGGGGAGAAGGGCCUUGGUCAGGAAGGUGACCAAGAACCCGAUGGUCACUCUGACAGAGCUCCGGAGUUUCUCUGUGGAGAUGGGAGAACCUUCCAGAAGGACAACCAUCUCUGCAGCACUCCAUCAAUCAGGCCUUUUAUGGUAGAGUGGCCAGACGGAAGCUACUCCUCAGUGAAAGACACAUGAGAGCCCGCUUGGAGUUUGCCAAAAGGCACCUAAAGGACUCUCAGACCAUGAGAGACAAGAUUAUCUGGUCUGAUGAAACCAAGAUUGAACUCUUUGGCCUGAAUGCCAAGCGUCACAUCUGGAAGAAACCUUGCACCAUCCCUACGGUGAAGCAUGGUGGUGGCAGCAUUAUGCUGUGGUGAUGUUUUUCAGCGGCAGGGACAGGGAGACUAGUCAGGAUCGAGGGAAAGAUAAACGGAGCAAAGUACAUAAAGAUCCUUGGUGACAACCUGCUCCAGAGCGCUCAGGACCUCAGACUGGGGCGAAGGUUCACCUUCCAACGGGACAACGACCCUAAGCACCAAGCCAAGACUACACAGGAGAGGCUUCAUCCCAGUCUGAGCUCCUGAGCGCUCUGGAGCAGGUUGUCACCAAGGAUCUUUAUGUACUUGAGUCUCUGAAUGUCCUUGAGUGGCCCAUCCAGAGCCCAGACUUGAACCCGAUUUAAAAAAAAAAAAAAAAAAAAAAAAAAUCUCUGGAGAGACCUGAGAAUAGCUGUGCAGCGACGCUCCCCAUCCAACCUGACUGAGCUUGAGAGGAUCUGCAGAGAAGAAUGGGAGAAACUCUCCAAAUACAGGUGUGCCAAGCUUGUAGUGUCACACCCAAGAAGACUCGAGGUAGUAAUCGCUGCCAAAGGUGCUUCAACAAAGUACUGAUUAAAGGGUCUGAAUACUUAUGUAAAUGUUAUAUUUCAGUUUUUUACAUUAAAUACAAUUGCAAAAAAAAUCCUUAAACCUGUUUUUGCUUUGUCAUUAUGGGGUAUUGUUUGUAGAUUAAUGCGAAAAAAAAUCAAUUUAAUCAAUUUCAGAAUAAGACUAACAAAAUGUGGAAAAGGUCAAGGGGUCUGAAUACUUUCCGAAAGCACUGUACAUUUCUAGCUGUUAGUUCCUCUUCCAAUGAACUGUGGGGAGGUCAAAAAAAUGUGUCUACCAAAUCUAUUCAAGUUAAAAUGUUUAUUGCUUGACAUCAUCAUUCACCUGAUGAUAAAUGUUUUUUUUUUUUUUUUUUUGCUGACAUAUAAUGGGUGUCCCGGGGUUGCCAGUUUGCCUGGGUGGGGAGUCCCUGUGCAAGACAAGUUUGAAAACCCCUGCUUUAAUGGAUUACAUUUAAAUAGCACAUUUCACUACAUUUCCAAGUGCUUUCUCCAUUACACUCCUCUGUAUUUAUUUGGACAGUGAAGUAAAAUUUGUUAAAUUUGGCUUUAUACGCAGUAUUUUGGAUUUGAGAACAUUUUAUAUAUGAGGCGACAGUACAGAAUAUCACCUUUUAUUCGAGGAUAUUUCCAUACAUAUGUUUUACAGUUUAGAAAUCAAAGCACUUUAUGUAUCUAGUCCCCCCACAUAUUCACUUCAUAUGAAACAUGAAGCCAAAUUUAGUCUAUAUACAGUGCCUUGCAAAAGUAUUCAUCCCCCUUGGCGUUUUUUUCUUAUUUUGUUGCAUUACAACCUGUAAUUUAAAUUGAUUUUUAUUUGGAUUUCAUGUAAUGGACAAAAUAGUCCAAAUUGGUGAAAUGAAAAAAAAUAAAACAUUUUCAAAAAAUUAGAAAUAAUAAAUAACGGAAAAGUGGUGCGUGCAUAUGUAUUCAGCCCCUUUGCUAUGAAGCCCCUAAAUAAGAUCUGGUGCAACCAAUUUCCUUCAGAAGUCACAUAAUUAGUUAAAGUCCACCUCUGUGUCACAUGAUCUGUCACAUGAUCUCAGUAUAUAUACACCUGUUCUGAAAGGCCCCAGAGUCUGCAACACCAUUAAGCAAGGGGCACCACCAAGCAAGCGGCACCAUGAAGACCAAGGAGCUCUCCAAACAGGUCAGGGACAAAGUUGUGGAGAAGUACAGAUCAGGGUUGGGUUAUAAAAAAAUAUCAAACUUUGAACAUCACACGGAGCACCAUUAGCUCCAUUAUUAAAAAUGGAAAGAAUAUGGCACCACAACGAACCUGCCAAGAGAGGGCUGCCCACCAAAGAGAGAGGCAACAAGAGACCAAAGAUAACCCUGAAGGAGCUGCAAAGCUCAACAGCGGAUAUUGGAGUCUGUCCAUAGGACCACUUUAAACCGUACACUCCACAGAGCUGUGCUUUACGGAAGAGUGGCCAGAAAAAAGCCAUUGCUUAAAGAAAAAAAUAAGUAAACAUGUUUGGUGUUAGCCAAAAGGCAUGUGGGAGACUCCCCAAACAUAUGGAAGAAGGUACUCUGGUCAGAUGAGACUAAAAUUGAGCUUUUUGGCCAUCAAGGAAAACGCUAUGUCUGGCGCAAACCGCUCAUCACCCCGAGAAUACCAUCCCCACAGUGAAGCAUGGUGGUGGCAGCAUUAUGCUGUGGGGAUCUUUUUCAUCGGCAGGGACUGGGAAACUGGUCAGAAUUUGAAGGAAAAAUGCCAAGGGGGGUGAAUACUUUCUUAAGCCACUGUAGGGCUAACUCACCCCAUGCCCCACCAGUGUGUAUCAUCCCACCGUGUCAUCAGUAAAGAAGGCCUCAGGUUCUUGCUGUAAUGGCUGUCUUCAUGACUAGAUUGAUGUUGUCAUUUAGCAGAUGCUUUAAUGUGGCCAUACAACAAUCAAACCAACAAUUCUGUUUUUUAAGAAACAUGCUUCAAACGAUAGACUGGGUUCGUACGGUCAUGAAAAUCCUGUAAAACUAAUGGAAUUUUAAAAUAGUGUUUUCCAGGCCUUUAAAAUAUUUGGAAAAUUAUCAAAUCCAAAAAGGUUUGGAAUAUUCAUGGUAAUGUUUUUAAUAAUUUCUAUUAAUGUAAGUUAUUUAGGCAUGGUUUGUGGCCCCGUGUAGCUCAGUUGGUAGAGCAUGGCGCUUGCAACGCCAGGGUUGUGGGUUCGAUUCCCACGGGGGGCCCAGUAUGAAAAAAUAAAUAAUGUAUGCACUCACUAACUGUAAGUCGCUCUGGAUAAGCGCCUCUGCUAAAUGACUAAAAUGUUUUUAAAUAUUUUAUAAAAUAAAAAAAAAUCAACAUAUCAAUCAGGAUCGGAAUGACACUUUAGGGCGUUUUGUUUGCUCGCAUCACCUGCAUGUGAUUGGGCCGUAACUAAAGGGGAGACACACAGUAGGACAUUGCAGCAGCAGGUAGGCCAGUAAAAUAUGAUAGUGAACAGACUAAUAACUAGGUAGCCAAACUAGUACCCUCUAGUUUACUGUUUAGCUAUUAUUAGCAUGUGUUCAUGUCCCAAAACACUUUCCACGACAUUUGCGAAUAAGGCCAUUCAAAGUUGAUUAACUUUUUUGAACGAUUCAUAUGAUUCUUUUUGACAAAACUAACAAUUCACUCUGCCAUUAUUAGUUGGGAUUCGGUUCAAUCGCAGUGAAUUUAGUCAUGUGAAUUAAAAUAAUUUUAGAAUCACAAACUGUACUUUUAAGAAAAUAUUUGUAGUCUUUGUUUAUGUGGCUUCAAAACUUGUUUUGUACAGUUGAUUUGGGCAUCCAAUGUAUGGGACAUUGCAACUCAAUAGAUGCUAGUCAGCUAAAUAUGACUAAACUCACAACAUUUCCUAAAGAAGGUAUGUGGGCUUGCUUCAGCUGAAUAACAAUAUUUGUAGCCUACCAUAGCCAAUUAAUCUUUGAUAUAUUGAAUGAGCGAAUUAUUUCAAAAGGCAAAAAACGUAUUUGGUUGUAAUGUUGCAAUGUUAUACAUCAAGGGUGGUCAACCAUCCUCCAGGAGAGCUAAUGAGUGUGCAGACUUUUUUAUUCUAGUCCCCCUCUAACAAACCACAUUUUAGAAAUUAGCAUCUCAACUGGAACCUGAUGAACUGGCUCUGUGUUUGAGCAGGGCUUGAUCAAAAGCCUGCACACCCAGUAGCUCUCCAGACUUAGGGUUGACCAUGUGUUUUAUACAGUUGCCUAACAGGUAUUCUACUUUGUGGGGGGUUUAGUUCCUUGCACAACGACAGAAGAUGGUACAUGGGAUCAGAGAGCAGCCUCCCAGUAUCACAUUACGCAUACUUUUUUAUACAUGCAUGGAGAUGCCGCCAAUUGUAGGUCAUGGACAUGUGGGUAAAUGUCAUGGAGAGUAAUGGAAAAUUCAUGAAAUUCCAUCUGUCAAAAUGUGUAUGAACCCUAUAUAGAGCUAUGGGAAAGACGUGGUCUACUGGAGUAUGAAAAUGUAUGCACUCACUAACUGUAAGUCGCUCUGGAUAAGAGAGUCUGCUAAAUGAUUAAAAUGUAAAUGUGUUGCGACUGUUUUGUGUUGUCCUCUAGGCCUUUUGGGCAGUGUUACGAGUUCCUCACGUUGCACACGGUGAAGAAGUACUUCCUGCCCAUCAUCGAGAUGGUACCUCAGUUUCUGGAGAACCUGACCGAUGAGGAGCUGAAGAAGGAGGCCAAGAAUGAAGCCAAAAAUGACGCCCUCUCCAUGAUCAUCAAGUCCCUGAAGAACCUGGCCUCCAGGGUGCCUGGGCAGGAGGAAACUGUGAAGAGCUUAGAGAUUUUUAGGUUAAAAAUGAUUCUUAGGUGAGUUUGCUUCAAAUCUUAAAGGUUUUGUUUUAAAACACCUGUCUUUGUAACUGUUGGCUGAAUGCUAAUCUGAGAUGUGCACAAAUCAUGUAUUAAUGUCAAUAAGGGUUUUGUAGACUUUUAGGAAUUGCCCAUAUGUGAAGUAUUUGUUGAUAGUAAUCUGUGGUGGUUGUUUUCAUCCGCAGGUUAUUGCAAAUUUCCUCUUUUAACGGCAAAAUGAAUGCACUAAACGAAGUAAACAAGGUAAUCUCAACUGUGUCCUAUUACACACAUCGACAUGGCAACCCUGAGGAGGAGGAGUGGCUUACCGCAGAACGCAUGGCGGUGAGUUAACCACCAAUCAAUCAAAUGUAUUUGUAUAACGCUAUCACAAGCGCUUUUGUCACAAAGUGCGUAAUAUAGAGAGUAUACCUUAGUGUGGUUUCUGGUGGCAUAGUCGGCAGAACUGUUGGUGUUUGAGUGGAGAUUGAAAGAUGUCUCUGUCUCUCAGGAGUGGAUCCAGCAGAACCACAUCCUGUCCAUCGUGCUGAGGGACAGUCUGCACCAGCCUCAGUACGUAGAAAAACUAGAGAAGAUACUUCGCUUCGUCAUCAAAGAGAAAUCUCUUACCAUGCAGGACCUGGAUAACAUCUGGGCUGCACAGGUACUGUGUAUGUGUGUACGUGUUUGUGUGCGUGUGUUUGAAGAGCGAACCAUUGAUUAUCAAACAGAUUGUGCAUGGUUCAGGUGAAAGGGGUAUGACCUAUAACUAGGGCGAUGCUUUUUGGUGUACUUGUUGCCAGUAUUUCCAGCAUUAUCCACUAGUGUUGCUGCAGGUGAAAAAUCCUAGGAAAUAUUGUGUAAUUGACACAAGCCGUUUCCAAUCAAUCAAUCAAUCAAUCAAUCAAUCAAUCAAUGUCUGGUUGUGCGUGUGUGUUUGGUGGUGUGAUACAGAAGAUGUCCUAGUAUUUUUUUACCUGCAGCAACACUAGUGGAUAAUGCUGGAAAUACCGGUAAAAGCACAGUGCCUCAAAAAGGGCAACAAAAAGCAUGGCCCUACCCAUAACGGCUCUAAAAGCAGAAUGGGAAAUCCCGAUGUCGUACCUGGGGCAUUUCCAGGUCAUUGGGUUUGAUCUGCUCAAAACGCCCUUUCCUAAGCAUGGCUCAGUCCAUUUUAAUUAUGUUUAUGUGCUCCUGCAUCUUCUCUAUCGGAAAUUCAAGACUGGAAACCGAUGGUAAUCCAGCAGUGUGAUUGUUUGCAUGUUUUUGACACGUUGUUCCACCCGCAGGCUGGUAAACAUGAGGCCAUUGUGAAGAACGUCCACGACCUCCUGGCCAAGCUGGCCUGGGACUUCUCUCCUGAGCAGCUCGACCACCUCUUUGACUGCUUCAAGGUGAGAGACCUCUCUCCGCAAACACGCACACACACGCACGCACACACACACAGCUCUCCUAACCCCCGUGGUGGUGUGUUUUGCGGCCUGCAGGCGAGUUGGACGAACGCCAGUAAGAAGCAGCGUGAGAAGCUGCUGGAGCUGAUCCGUCGUCUGGCGGAGGACGACAAGGAUGGAGUGAUGGCCCACAAGGUAAUCAUGGGUUUAGCAGGGCUCGACAUUCAGGUAAAUUUGCCAGUGGCACACAGGGUCAGUGCCAAAUGAAAGCUACUGGUCCAAAUGAAAGAAAAUUCUGACCAGGUCAAGAUCUUGACAGGAAAGCGAAUGAUGCGAGCACAAUUUCAAUAGCAGGUGAUUUUAUCUUCCAUUGGGGCUGAGCAAGUAACCUAUACUGGGUUCAUACAGACAUUGGUAAGUCAAAUGCAAGGACUUUCAAGGACUUUUUUCAAGCACUUAAUUGUAAUUUUCAAGGACCUACAUUUUAUACACUGCUCAAAAAAAUAAAGGGAACACUUAAACAACACAAUGUAACUCCAAGUCAAUCACACUUCUGUGAAAUCAAACUGUCCACUUAGGAAGCAACACUGAUUGACAAUACAUUUCACAUGCUGUUGUGCAAAUGGAAUAGACAACAGGUGGAAAUUAUAGGCAAUUAGCAAGACACCCCCAAUAAAGGACUGGUUUUGCAGGUGGUGACCACAGACCACUUCUCAGUUCCUAUGCUUCCUGGCUGAUGUUUUGGUCACUUUUGAAUGCUGGCGGUGCUUUCACUCUAGUGGUAGCAUGAGACGGAGUGAACAACCCACACAAGAUUGGCAAAUUCGCCACUGGCGCCCUGUGCUCUUCACAGAUGAAAGCAGGUUCACACUGAGCACAUGUGACAGUCUGGAGACGCCGUGGAGAACGUUCUGCUGCCUGCAACAUCCUCCAGCAUGACCGGUUUGGCGGUGGGUCAGUCAUGGUGUGGGGUGGCAUUUCUUUGGGGGGCCGCACAGCCCCCCAUGUGCUCGCCAGAGGUAACCUGACUGCCAUUAGGUACCGAGAUGAGAUCCUCAGACCCCUUGUGAGACCAUAUGCUGGUGCGGUUGGCCCUGGGUUCCUCCUAAUGCAAGACAAUGCUAGACCUCAUGUGGCUGGAGUGUGUCAGCAGUUCCUGCAAGAGGAAGGCAUUGAUGCUAUGGACUGGCCCGCCCGUUCCCCAGACCUGAAUCCAAUUGAGCACAUCUGGGACAUCAUGUCUCGCUCCAUCCACCAACGCCACGUUGCACCACAGACUGUCAAGGAGUUGGCGGAUGCUUUAGUCCAGGUCUGGGAGGAGAUCCCUCAGGAGACCAUCCGCCACCUCAUCAGGAGCAUGCCCAGGCGUUGUAGGGAGGUCAUACAGGCACGUGGAGGCCACACACACUACUGAGCCUCAUUUUGACUUGUUUUAAGGACAUUACAUCAAAGUUGGAUCAGCCUGUAGUGUGGUUUUCCACUUUAAUUUUGAGGGUGACUCCAAAUCCAGACCUCCAUGGGUUGAUACAUUUUAUUUCCAUUGAUAAUUUUUGUGUGAUUUUGUUGUCAGCACAUUCAACUAUGUAAAGAAAAAAGUAUUUAAUAAGAUUAUUUCAUUCAUUCAGAUCUAGGAUGUGUUAUUUUAGUGUUCCCUUUAUUUUUUUGAGCAGUGUAUUUAAUUGUUGUAAUAGCCUAUAGAAAUAUAACUUCACCAAAAAAUGUAUGAAAAAAAGUAUACAUUAGGGUUCCCUUUGUAAUGACUGUUUCUAUGGAAACGAAGUUGAAGCCAACAUUCAAUGUUGUUUUGCGCAUAAUAACCGUACAUGGUUUUACCACAACAAAAGCAACCGACUAGCGCAGCACCUAUCAAUUGAAAUGGCGGGAAACAAACAAAAGUGGCUACAUCGCUCAUAAAAACUGAUCAGAAAUGACAUCACGAAUAGGCCUAAUUAUAUUGGAGCCGUUGAACUUCUAAAUCGGCUACCGGAACGUCAAGGACUUUUCAAGGACCAAAUAGCCUAGAUGAAAUGUCUGAAUUCAAGAUAGGGUAUUCCAUGAUGACUGAAUUGCACAUCGCAAAUGUUCCAGGACUUUUUAAAUACCUGGUUUGCAUACCCUUUCUGGCCUUAGCAUUUACAGGUAGAUAUCAUAACUUGCAACAUCUUUCCUACCCCUACUGCUGUCGGUCUUCGGUGAGCUGCUCCACGAAACAACCAGCUGUUUGACAGCUGCGCGCUCUCUCUGCCCAACAGAUUAUCUCAAACUAGGCUAUGUGUGCGGCGCGUGCGUGAUAAACAAAAAUAUAAACGCAACAUGCAACAAUUUCUACGAUUUUUGUGAGUUACAGUUCAUAUAAGGUAAUCAGUAAAUUGAAAUAAAUUCAACUAUGGAUUUCAAAUGACUGGGCAGGGGUGCAGCCACUGGGGAGCCAGGCCCAGCAAAUCAGAAUGUGUUUUUUCCUCACAUUUACAUUUAAGUCAUUUAGCAGACGCUCUUAUCCAGAGCGACUUACAAAUUGGACACAAGGGCUUUAUUACAGACAGAAAUACUCCUCAUACGGUCCUGCAGUUUAAGAAGCCGAAUGUGGAGGUCCUGGGCUGGGGUGGUAACAUGUGGUCUGCGGUUGUGAGGCCGGUUGGACGUACUGCCAAAUUCUCAAACUUUUUGUGCAUAUGGAACAUUUCUGGGAUAUUUUUUUUCAGCUCAUGAAACAUGGGACCAACACUUUACAUGUUGUGCUUAUUUUUGUUCAGGGUACAUAACGAACUAACAGCUUCGGGAAUUCCUAUGUUUUUUUUAAAACCGUUAUAUAUCCUAGAUUAAAAAUAGCAUUAUUACAAUAUUAUCUUCACUGGACCAAGCGGGCCACUGACUGGGAUGAUAGACUGGCCCGAGGGGUUUCCAAAUGUCGAGCCCUGGUUAAAGAUAUGUAUUUUUCCAGCUCUUGUGCCCUGUUUGGAUAUGAGUACUGAAGGCUACUCUCCUCCUCUCACCACAAGGUGCUGAACCUGUUGUGGAACCUGGCUCACAGCGACGACGUGCCUGUAGACAUCAUGGACCAGGCCCUCAGUGCUCACAUCAAGAUAUUGGACUACAGUUGCUCUCAGGUAAUAAUAGGUACCGGUCAAGAGCCAGGCGACUGCUUUCCCACACAGCUCAAGGUACUGAGAACCAAUCAAUGAAGAUGUAUUUUAAGGGGUCUGUUGGAGUGUUUGCAAGGAUCGGCUUAUGGCUGUGUGUGUGUUUUCCUUGAAUACUGAUGUUUAUGUUUGUGUUCAUUUCAGGAUAGAGACACGCAGAAGAUCCAGUGGAUCGAUCGCUUCAUAGAAGAAUUGCGCACCAAUGACAAAUGGGUGAUUCCUGCACUAAAGCAGAUCCGAGAGAUCUGUAGCCUGUUCGGAGAGGCUCCUCAGAAUCUUAGGUAAGGAGAUGGUCAGAAUUCAACUACAGGCUUGGAGGAGGGACAUAGUUCAUCAACUGUUGAACAUGCUAGUGAUUGACAAAGAUAUGGAAACAGAAUUAGUACGAAUUGAGUAUUAUUCAGGACAUAACGUAACAAAUAGAAAUGCACAGUGUAGAGCAGACAUGUUUUUUGUCAUGUAGAAAAGGGAAUUGUCAGCUCUAUACUAUACAUUUCUAUCUGCAACAUUUUAAAUAUUGAAAUAUUUCACCCCAUUAAAAAAAAAAAAAAAAGUUUUUUGUUGUGCUCAGAAUGCUGUGCUUGGCUAUACAUUUGCUCUACGCCUUUAAAGCAUGGCCUUGAUUUUUCACAUAGCUGACACCUGAUGUCUCUGGCAUUUUAAUAACAUUUCCAGAGAGGCUGAGGCAUGCCAACUAUUUAGUAAACAGGGAUUUUCUGUCAACAGUCUGUCAUUGACCUUGCCAUCUAGUUUGACCAGUUUUCACUAAUGCUUAGACAGGGAGCAUUCUUAAAGACUAAAACUGAGCGAAUGUGUCUUGCUUCUUAAACGCUGAGCUCAAAGUAGCAUAGAGAUUGUUGAAUAAGUUGCUGCUUUUAAUAACAACGUGCAGUUGUACUGACUGAAGUAGUACAAGUAAAUGCAGCAAAUAUGUAGCACACCACAUGCCUGUUGUUUUUCAGAAAGAAAAUUCCUAUUAACAUACAAACGAACUUAGCGGGGUAAGUUGACAGCUAAUUUGGGGGAUAUUAUGGCAAUUUUUUUAUAAAUGGUAAAUAAUGUCUAAUUUACUCUCUCUCAGAUGGUGCAACAGAUCUGUAAUGUUUAUUUUCAUUCAUUAAUCUGCUUUAGCAAACCUCUCUCAGGGUAAAUCUCAAAUGACACCCUAUUCCUUAUAAACUGCUGCACUACCUUUGACCAGAGCCACAAAUGACCCCAAAUAGUGCACUACUUUUCACCAGAGCCACACAGGGCUCUUGUCAAGUAGUGCAUUAUUUGGGGAAUUGGGUGCAAAUGUAGUGCAAUACAUAGGGAAUAGGGUGUCACGCUCAAAUGCAUCUCUUUCUGCACCAGCUCUUCUUAGCUCCAAUCACUGACUGUUUGCAGGGCGACAUUUUGGGGACAUUUCUGAGGGUGCUGCAUACUCACAUUUCCGAAACACAACAUCCUAGUAAUUUUAAGACUGAAAUUCCUCAACAUUCCUCUUGCUACAGACACACACACACACAGAUCAUGGGUUACUGGUUAGAACACUGGAUAUACCAAUAUUGCUUUCUUUACUACAGAUGCAGAGAAGCAACCACAUUCCACUAAUUCUACACAUAAAUCAUUGUAAUCAUUUCAUUAGUAGGGGUGGGAGUAAAAGUUGAUGUUGUCUACUUGUCAUGGACAUGGGGGCUAAGGCUCUGAACUUUUCUGUCUCUCUUUUCCACCAUCUCUCUCCCUCGCUCUCUCUCCCUUCAACUAUCUUUCUCUCUUUCUCUCUCCAUAUCUCUCUCUGCUAUACAGUCAGACCCAGAGGAGUCCUCAUGUGUUCUAUCGUCAUGACCUGAUCAACCAGCUCCAACACAACCAUGCUCUGGUCACGCUGGUGGCUGAGAACCUCUCUGCCUACAUGGAGACCAUGAGGCAGUUCUCUAAAGGUACGGCCCACCUGACACAGUAGAUUAGAUUUUCUCAUUAAUCACGAUUGCCUCAUUCUUGACUUUCAGACUUCUUCAGAAAUACUACACUGAGUGUACAAAACAUUAGGAGCACCUUCCUAAUAUUGAGUUGCACCCCCUUUUGCCCUCAGAACAGCCUCAAUUCGUCGGGUCUUGGACUCUACAAGGUGUUGAAAGUAUUCCACAGGGAUGCUGGCCCAUAUUUACUCCAAUGCUUCCAACAGUUGUCAAGUAGGCUGGAUGUCCUUUUUGUGGUGGACCAUUUUUGAUACACACAGGAAAUUGUUCAGCGUGAAAAACAUGGCAGCGCUGCAGUUCUUGACACACUCAAACCGGUGCGCCUAGCACUUACUACCAUAUCCUGUUCAAAGGCACUUAAAUAGUUUGUCUUGCCCAUUCACCCUCUGAAUGGCACACAUACACAAUCCAUGUCUCAAUUGCCUCAAGGCUUGAAAAUAAUGAUUUAACCUAUCUCCUCCCCUUCAUCUACACCAGUGGUCACCUACCUUUUCUGAGUAAAGAUCACUUUCGCAGUCAAAAAGCAAGCCGAGAUCUACCGCUGUUUUUUUUAAACAUGACUUAAAAAAUGUAACAUUAACCCAUUAAAAACAGUUCUGUAGGAAUGAUGUUUGAGGUAAAAUCACGACGUCCGUGAUGUUCAGGUCGAAAAGUCGGGGCUCUAGAAAUAUGCCAGUGUUUCCAACAAUUCCGAGUUGGAUGACUGUUCAAAACGAUUUUCCCCAGUCGGAUCUAUAUUUUCUUUUUUUCAGUUGUAUUGAACACACUGAAGUCGGAGAUGUCAGAGUUAUCAGAUGUUUUGAACACUGCAUUAGUCUUAGCGAAGGGAAGGAGAGAGCAGCAGAGGGUCAUCCUCUCGCGGUCCCUGCUGUCUCCUGCCGUUCCUCCGGUGAGACUGACCAGAGAGAGAGGACAGUCUUCCACCUGAUGGCGAAACUCGAGUCACAUCUGACUCGAGCACAAAUUAAUGUUGUCCCUAUGACCAGUGAAGGUGAAAUAUUCCUUUAUUAAAAUGGACAUGAUGAGCUGCUAAUAAUAAUACAAAUGCAGGGCUACUCAUUCAUUGCAGCGUGAGUGGGAAUAGGGAGAAGAGGUUUUAUGUUUUGUAAUAGUGUUGAAUAAAAACAGUGACAGUGCUGAAUAUAUAUAUAUAUAUAUAUAUAUAUAUAUAUAUAUUUUUUUUUUUUUUUUUUUUUUUUUUUUUUUUUUUUACAUGAACUCAUAAAAACAGCAACUCUGCUGUUUUCUUUGACGGUCUCUCUCUGUUCAUGGUUUUAAAUGUUAUGAAAUUUCACGUAGGCUAGUAUCAAACUUGUAAGCACAGUGAUUUGAGCAAUCCAAUUGGCCAGCGCAGUAGGCGCACUCAAUUUAGCCAUAGAUCUGCCGGUUAGGCGGAGUUUGUCUUUUCAGACAAAUGAAAUGGUUCAAAAUGGGAACACUUUGCCAACCUGGUGCGCAGGGCUUCUGAAUCAAGUACACCUACCGCCAACAGUGCAAAUCAAAUAAAUAAAAGGAGGGCAAGCCUUUAUCAUUGGCUUUUCUACAGAAAUGUUUGGUGAUCGACUAGGAAUGCCUUGAAGAUCGACCAGUCGAUUAACAAGUGGCCAUGGCUUUUCACCUGGUCAGUCUGUCAUGGAAAUGUUUUGUACACUCAGUGUGUUUCUCUGUUCUCUACCCUCUGUAUCUAACCCUGGGGCAAUUGGCAUGUUAGUUUUCCAUUUGAAAAACAUUUAAAGGUGCACGUUGAGCCUUCAUGUAGAUGGUCCUGUGUGUUGUGUAGCCGAGCAGGCAGACUUUGACCCCCAGACGGUGAGGGCAGGGAGUCGCUACAGCCACGUACAGGAAGUCCAGGAGAGACUCAACUUCCUGAGGUAUGACAUCACAUCUGCAGGGUUGUUGUAUUCAUUAGGCUCCAAACUGAAGAAAACACACUGAAACAGUCAGGAGUCAUUGUCUGGACUUGUCCAAUAAGAAGCACUAAUUGUUGUUUUCCUUUGCAAAACUCUUUAAAACGUUUUCCUUUGCGUGACCUAAUGAAUACAACCCAGCUCUCCAUCUUCAUGAAUCCAAUGAAUGGAAUUGAACCAUGAACUGAGCCACUGUAGUCUGAUCUUCAUGGUUAAUGUAUGUGUCUAUGUUGUCCCCAGGUUCCUGCUGAAGGAUGGCCAGUUGUGGCUCUGUGCUCCUCAGGCCAAACAGAUCUGGAAGUGCCUGGCCGAAAAUGCUGUCUUCCUUUGUGACAGAGAGGCCUGCUUCAAAUGGUACGCUGCCAUCAUCAAUAUUAUCACCUCGAAAGGGUGAAUAUGGCUUCAACAUGUUUCUAUUGACGUUAUUUCCUUUGUCUCAUUCAUAGAGAACAAGUCAAAUAUUCUACAUUUUCUUAACUUGAAUGUUCUCAACAACAAAAGAACACCAACUCAACUCUGUUGUUCAUCCCCAGGUACUCCAAGCUGAUGGGAGAUGAGCCCGACCUGGACCCAGACAUCAACAAGGACUUCUUUGAGAACAACGUCCUCCAGCUGGACCCAUCUCUGCUCACGGAGAACGGCAUGAAGUGCUUUGAGAGGUUCUUCAAGGCUGUCAACUGCCGGGAGGGCAAGCUGGUGGCCAAACGCAGGGCCUACAUGAUGGACGACCUGGAGCUCAUAGGACUGGACUACCUCUGGAGGGUGAGUUAUAAACCUUACUUAUCAAUAUAACAGACAGCUGUUGCUACUCGUAAGUAGGGCUGGGAAUUGCCAGGGAAGUCAAGAUACGAUACUUAGGUGUUGAUACGAUAUGUAUUGCGAUUCUCACAAUUAUUUAUAUACAUAUACAGUGCAUUCGGAAAGUAUUCACUCUUUCCCUUUUUCCACAUUUUGCUACGUUACAGCCUUAUUCUAAAAUUGAUUAAAUUAUUAUUUUCCCUCAUCAAUUUACACACAAUACCCCAUAAUGACAAAGCAAAAAACAGGUUUAUAGAAAUUUUAGCAAAUAAAUAAAUGUAUUUACACAAGUAUUCACACCUUUUGCUAUGAGACUCGAAAUUGAGCUCUGGUGCGUCCUGUUUCCAUUGAUCGUCCUUGAGAUGUUUCUACAACUUAAUUGGAGUACACCUGUGGUAAAUUCAAUUGGUUGGACAUGAUUUGGAAAGGCACACACCUGUCUAUAUAAGGUCCCACAGUUGCCAUGAGGUCAAAGGAAUUGUCUGUAGAGCUCCAAGACAGGAUUGUGACGAGGCACAAAUCUGGGUAAGGCUACCAAAAUGUUUUUGCAGCAUUGAAGGUCCCCAAGAACGCAGUGGCCUCCAUCAUUCUUAAAUGGAAGAAGUUUGGAACCACCAAGACUCUUCCUAGAGCUUGCCGCCCGGCCUUGGUCAGGGAGGUGACCAAGAACCCGAUGGUCACUCUGACAGAGCUCUGGAGUUCCUCUGUGGAAAUGGAAGAACUUUCAGAAGGACAACCAUCUCUGCAGCACUCCACCAAUCAGGCCUUUAUGGUAGAGUGGCCAGAUGGAAGCCACUCCUCAGUAAAAGGCACAUGACAGUCCGCUUGGAGUUUGCCAAAAGGCACCUAAAGACUCUCAGACCAUGAGAAACAAGAUUAUCUGGUCUGAUGAAACCAAGAUUGAACUCUUUGGCCUGAAUGCCAAGCGUCACGUCUGGAGGAAACCUGGCACCAUCCCAACGGUGAAGCAUGGUGGUGGCAGCAUCAUGCUGUGGGCAUGUUUUUCAGCGGCAGGGACUGGGAGACUAGUCAGGAUCGAGGCAAAAAUGAACGGAGCAAAGUACAGAGAGAUCCUUGAUGAAAACCUGCUCCAGAGUGCUCAGGACCUCAGACUGGGGCGAAGGUUCACCUUCCAACAGGACAACGACCCUAAGUGGCUUCGGGACAAGUCUCUGAAUGUCCUUGAGUGGCCCGGACUUGAACCCGAUCUAACAUCUCUGGAGAGACCUGAAAAUAGCUGUGCAGCAACGCUCCCCAUCCAACCUGACAGAACUUGAGAGGAUCUGCAGAGAGGAAUGGGAGAAACUCCCCCAAAUACAGGUGUGUCAAGCUUGUAGCGUCAUACCCAAGAAGACUUGAGGCUGUAAUUGCUGCCAAAGGUGCUUCAACAAAGUACUGAGUAAAGGGUCUGAAUACUUAAGUAAAUGUGAUAGUUCCGUUUUUUAGUUUUUAUAAAUUUGGAAACAUUUCUAAAAACCUGUUUUUGCUUUGUCAUUAUGGGGUAUUGUGUGUAGAUUGAUGAAGAUUUUUUUUUUUUUAGAAUAAGGCUGUAACGUAACAAUGUGAAAAAGGUCAAGGGGUCUGAAUACUUUCCAAAUGCGCAGUUUAUAUAGUGAUUCAAUUCCAAACAUAUUGCUCACAAUAUGUAUGCUGCAGAAGGACGAGAGAGAGAGCCAUGAGAACUAGUUUUCAUCAGUCAUGUAAAUAAGUGUUGAAAAAAAUUGGCUCACCAUUUUAAAAUACUGACAUUCUGACGCAGGUACAGGCGACUAGUGCAAAAAAUAUAUUGUUUUCUGUCUCACCAAGCCCAAAUUCAAAAUGCACAACUUCAAAGACCAUCUCCUCGAAUGCUGCUAUUUGAGAUUAUGCUCAUUAGUCAUUUCCAUGUGUAUAUAAACCUCUGGCUUCUGUGGGAUUGUUUCAGGAGCUGCUUUGAACUGAUUGAUUUAGACUAUGGAUGGGGGCGCGAGAGAGAGCGAGGGCGGUGGAUGACCCAGUUAGCAUCAGCGGCCUAUCUGUUUGUUUUAGUGACAUACAUGGCCUGUAAUCCCUCAAUGGGAGAAUCUGUUGCAUUUCCUGUGUUGGCUUCAAGUGUUAUUCUAACAUUGUUAUUCACACUGGGCAUAUUAGAUGAUUCACUUAAUUUGUUUUAGAUGUGGGAUUUCUAAACCUUGUUCUCACUUGCUAUGAAUAGCUGAUUCAGGAGUUGUGUUAUUGUAUAUUUUGGUAUUAGGCCUGUUUACACAGUAGGGGCCUAGGCUACAUUUGAGGUCAUGAUUUCCUCAUAUGCGAUGUUUGGUUGUGAAUAAUUUAUUUUAUUGCAUCCUAAGUAAAGCUCAUUCACUGAUGUUAUUGAUUUGGCUGGUAAGCAUUGCGUGGUACACACACACACACACACACACAGGGUUAAUGUACUGCUGUUAGUGUGUGAGGGCAGCUCAGGGCCAGUGGUUGUGAUUGGUGAUGUUUCUGUGUGCUGCUGCUGAGUGCUUAUUAAUGACCCUCUAGUCUGGAUGAUGAGUCAUACCACUCACACUCUCUCUUCAGUGUUGUCUCCAGGGCUGUUUGAUGGUGAGGGCCGUAGGCGUCCAUUGAUUCCGUCUGUUAUUUCCUCCUGCCAGGUCGUAAUUCAAGGGAGCGAUGACAUCGCCAGUCGAGCUAUAGACCUGCUGAAAGAGAUCUACACCAACCUCGGACCAAAACUACAAGUCAAUCAGGUAACCUGGGUGCCCUUCGUCCCGGUAACAAUAACAGCUCAAUCUGCUAUUAGGUCAUCCUAAAUCAUCUAGCCAUUUUGAGACAGCCACCUAAAUAUAAACACUGUAAAAGUUAUUGUAUUGCCAAUCAAUGAUAGUUGAUACAAACCUGAACGGGACAGUCUGUGUGAUACCUCGGUACAGUAACAAUGUUUUCCAAUCCAUUCCUCUGGAAUCACUAUUGCACAUUAUCUGAGGGAUGGAUUGGAACACUGCAGUUCCAGACAAACCGUAUGUCAACCAUUAGACAUGUAUCCCCUUCUACUGAACUCACUCCCCCUCCUGUCCCCCAUGCAGGUAGAGAUCCACGAGGAUUUCAUCCAGUCGUGUUUCGACCGUCUGAAGGCGUCGUACGAUACGCUGUGUGUCCUGGACGGGGACAAGGACAGCAUCAACUGGGCCCGGCAGGAGGCCAUCCGCAUGGUCCGUGUGCUCACCGUGCUCAAGGAGUACAUCAACGAGUGUGACAGCGACUACCAUGAGGAAAGGACCAUACUGCCCAUGUCCAGGUAGGGGAGCACAGAAGCACUGAGUUUAAGCUUGUUGUGCUGACCUUUUUCUUCCCACAAACCACUUCACCCUCACCGGUCUUCUCUCUCUCGCGCCCUCUUAUCUCUCCCUCUCAGGGCAUUCCGGGGGAAGCACAUCACGUUGACUGUGCGUUUCCCUAACCAGGGCCGUCAGGUGGACGACCUGGACAUCUGGUCUCACACCAACGACACCAUCGGCUCGGUGCGCCGCGGCAUCCUCACACGCAUCAAGGCCAACGCCACGCACACCAAGAUAGAGCUCUUCAUUGGCGGGGAUGUCGUCGACCCGGCCGACGACAGAAAGCUGAUUGGCCAGCUCAACCUCAAAGAUAAAACGGUAAGCGUAAUGAGCAGUGUUUUGACGAGCCUCAUGUCACAGGUGCCUUCUUUACAGCUUGUUUGUAUAGGUCAUUUUCUUCUUUGAUUAUUUAUAGGAAAUGGUUUGUCUGAUGUCUUAUAUUCUCCCCUAUGGUGUCUGUGUGUCUGUAGUUGAUCACAGCCAAGCUGACCCAGGUGAGUGCCAAUAUGCCGUCCAGCCCAGACAGCUCCUCGGACUCUUCCACCGGCUCACCUGGUAACCACGGCAACCACUUCAGCGACGGGCCCAACCCAGAGGUGGAGAGCUGUCUCCCUGGAGUGGUGAGCGACACACACACACACACACACACACACACACACACACACACACACACACAAACUUCCCCGGAGUGGCGCUUCACCUCUCACCUCAUCAGGAAGGGUGCCUAACUCUCUCGGUCCUUGCCUAGAAAACAAUUCAAAAUGUAUGACUGCAGAUGAGUAAAUGGAACAAUGUUAACCCCUUGUCUGUUCGCUCUUCUCUCUGUCUCCAGAUCAUGUCUCUCCACCUGCGCUACAUCUCUUUCCUGUGGCAGGUAGCGGACCUGGGCUGUAGCCUUAACAUGCCUCUGCUACGAGAUGGAGCCAGGGUACUCAUGAAGCUCAUGCCUCCAGGUACUCUCACACACACACACUUUAUAGGGGCAAUCUGUAAUUGCUACAUACAUUUUUAGACCUUAAAAUGAAUGGUAUACCAUUCAUUGUUGAAGAAUAUAACUAUAAAUGCCUCAUGUGUAUAGUUCAACUGUCAUACUCUAUCGGAACCCAAAAUAUAAGGUUGUAAUUGUAAAAUAAAUCCUGUAUAGCAUCAAAACAUGGUUAAAACAAAAAAAGACGUGGGAUGUGUAAAUGGCCUGUUGAUUGUGUUUGUGUAGAUAACAGUACCGUGGAGAUCCUGCGUGCCGUGUGUCUGGACCAUGCCAAGCUGGGAGAGAACAGCCUCAGUCCCACACUGGACUCACGCUUCUUUGGCCCCUCGCCAUCACAAGUCCUCUAUCUCAUAGAGGUGGGUCUCAUCGUGUGUGAUCACAGCUGAUUGACUGUCUCGUCAUUACCAUACCGGGUGGUGUACGCUUUGCUCUCUGUUGACCACUUCCACUGUGUGUGUUUGUACAUCUCUCCCCCUCCCUUGCUCAGGUGGUGUAUGCCCUACUCAUGCCAGCCAGCGCCACAUUGGGGGAGGACGCCAGUGACUUCCAAUACAACUUCCUGAAGAGUGGUGGGCUGCCUCUUGUACUGAGCAUGCUCACGCGGAACAACUUCCUGCCUUCGGCCGACAUGGAGACGCGGCGGGGGGCGUACCUCAACGCCCUAAAGAUCGGCAAGCUGCUGCUCACUGCUGUGGGGUUCGGACACGUUAAAGCUGUGGCUGAGGCCUGCCAGCCCAACGCUGAGGGGACCAUACCAGUCUCACCGGUUAGUUGGUUAGACGCACGCACGCAAGCACACACACACACACACACUGAGACGCACGCAUGCACACACACAGAGACGCGUACACACACACACAAACGCAUGCAUGCGAAGUAGAACCAGGAUUGUGAUGGCCAUGUUAUUGCUAACAUCCUCUCUCCCCCUUUCUUCAGAUCAACCAGGCCACUCAUGACCAAGCCCUGGUCCUCCAGAGUGCCCUGCAGAACAUCCCCAACCCUGCCUCUGAGUGUAUGCUCCGCAACGUAGCUAUACGCCUAGCUCAACAGAUCUCUGACGAGGUGAGAGGGAGGGAAAGAAACGGGGAGGGAAAAGAGAGAUUAAAGAGAAAUUAGGAAUAAAAUAAGUGGGGAGAGAGAAAGAGAUGGGGUAGAAGGACAGACUGUAUGUAGGCUACUAUGUUGAUGACUGUAAUAUCUGCUGUAAUUGAACUAUUCUCUCCCUCCCUCCUUUUCACUCUCGUCUCCUCCAGAACUUCUUCCAGGCGUCAAAGUACAUCCCAGACAUCUGUGUGAUCCGGGCGGUGCAGAAGAUAGUGUGGGCGUCGGGCUGUGGCACCGUACAGCUAGUCUUUAGCUCCAACGAAGAGAUCAGCAAGAUCUACGAGAAGGUACGUAUGGCUGCUUAUUCUUUGAUCAUCAGUCCAUUGAUUGAUUGAUCUGCUUUAUUUUGGUCUCAGUCUUAGGAGAUUGGAGUGUGCAGAUACAUUGCUGUAUAGUGAGCUGUUGUGUAGGCCACUGCACUCAUUGAUUUUCUUUCUAUUAACAGUUCACAAUUGUUUGUUGUUAGUGUAUUUUCUAACUUGAUUAGGCUAGUGUGUAUUGUUUAGCCUAUACAGUCACAGAUCUGGUUUUGUAGUAUGUGUUUUUGUGUGUAUUGUUCAGUCAUGGUUGAGCGUUUAAUGUCUGUCAUACACUCAUUCUGUGUGUGUGUGGUGCUUGCUGAAGUGACUAGUUGGUUGAUUGUGUGCACCUGCUUCCUGAAAUACAGAGAAGAGGUGUGUGUAUAUUUGUGUGUGUUAUAAACUCAAAGUGGUGUGUGUUCUCCCCCUCUACAGACGAAUGCGGGUAAGGAGCCGGACGGGGAGGAUGAGCAGGUGUGUUGUGAGGCCCUGGAGGUCAUGACCCUGUGUUUCUCCCUGCUGCCCACGGCUCUGGACACACUCAGCAAGGAGAAGGCCUGGCAGACCUUCAUCAUAGACCUGCUACUGCACUGCCACAGCAAGUAUGUACCCCCCGCUGUGUUUCUGUGUAAGGAGACGACCUGUGUGUGUGUGUGUGUGCCAGUUUGCCUGUCUAUCAGCGUCAGAUGUGCACUUGACUGUAAGUCGCUCUGGAUAAGAGCGUCUGCUAAAUGGCGUCUGCUAAAUAAUCAAAAUGUAAAUGAAGAUGUUUUAGUGUUUGGCUGGAACAGCAGCCUGCCACUCCUCAAGGGUGGUUGCUGCUGGUGUACCACAAUGGUCUCUGUUCUAACGGCUUCUUGUAGUGGACGAGCAUGUGGGGUGGCCUGAGUCUAUGGUAAUAAUGGUCCUCUCUGAUCUGUCCCCAGGUCAGUUGGUGGAUUGAUGGAUUAGUUUGUCUGUUGUAUAAUGGUCCUCUCUGAUCUGUUUCCAGAUCAGUUCGUCAGAUGGCCCAGGAGCAGUUCUUCCUCAUGGCUACCAGGUGUUGCAUGGGCCAUCGACCCCUUCUCUUCUUCAUCACCCUCCUCUUCACUGUGCUGGGGGUACGUAUCAGCACCUCUCUCUUCACUGUGCUGGGGGUACGUAUCAGCACCUCUCUCUUCACUGUGCUGGGGGUACGUAUCAGCACCUCUCUCUGUGCUGUGCUGGGGGUACGUAUCAGCACCUCGCUCAUACAUGAGUGCUUUGGGGUUUUACAUUACUUUCAUUGCAAUCAUGGCCCUGUUCAGAUACAUUGAACUUGCACUCUUACUGCCUACCUUCGUUGAACUUAUCACUGAUCUCCCAAAUACGAUCAAAGGUUUUAUUAUAUCAUAGCUUUCACCUUUCCAGCCAUGAGAGAGCAGUGAUCACUUCAAGGAAGGAAGGGAGAAGGUAUGCAUGUACUGUACCAAUUUGUAAGUCGCUCUGGAUAAGAGCGUCUGCUAAAUGACGUAAAUGUAAUACUGUAUAAAGUAGGCGGUGUUAAGAAAGCUGUCAACUGGUUUUCAUGGCUUUUCAACAGCUUUUUAAAAACAUUCCCUAUAAAGUAUUCCAACAUGGAUCUCUUGCUGCUCCAGGUAAUACAGUACUAAUGUGAAUGUACAAUACUCUCUGUGUGUGUUCCAGAGCACAGCUAAGGAGCGGGCCAAGCAUGCUGGGGACUACUUCACCCUGCUCAGGCACCUCCUGAACUACGCCUACAACAGCAACAUCAACCUGCCCAACGCAGAGGUGCUGCUCAACAAUGAAAUCGACUGGCUCAAGAGGAUCAGGGUACGACCAUGUUUCAUCCAGACAUUGUGUCAUGAAUAAUGCCCCUGAGCUUUGUGUUGAGUUAAUUUCAGAUCAUGGCUGAGAUUCUAGUCCUUGGUCAGAGCUAGGGCUGUUGUGGUGACCGUAUUACCGCCACACCGGCGGUCACGAGUCAUGAAGGCAGUCACAUUCCACUUGACCGUUUAGUCACGGUAACUAUGCUUCUCCAAGCUCUGAUGCUGCUGAUGGUCAUUAGUAGCCUACCAAACUUGCUAACUGCCUGGUAGUCAGCACUCUAUUGUCCCUCUAAUCACUAUGACAUCAAUGCAAAUCUAAUCGAAAAUCUAAUCAAACACUUCAUGAGAGCCCAUGAGCUCAUGUUGCGCAACAUUUCUAUAGGCUAUGCAAUUGCGAGAGAAAACAGAGUGAUGGCCUCUAUUAAAAAGAGGAGGAUCCCAUCAGCUUUCUAUAGGCUAGGCCUACUAUAUUUGUUUCUCAACUUUCCUAAUAUUAAGCACAUUGCUUAUCUUUACAACUGGAGUAUAACCUACCUGGCUGGCAUGAAAAUGAAUCGCGGCAAAAGCGUCCUCCAUUUGCUAUUUAAGUGCAUAGAUGACAUAAAUUUUUUCCCCUGCCCCGGUUUCAAGACCGGUGCAUGAUAAUGGUCCAUUUUAAAUAAAAACUAAUUGCACACAUAUAUUAUUUAGUAUAUGUAAAGACAAGAUUAAAUCAAGAAUAGUCUGAUGGUUGACAAUAUUAGCCUAUCACUUGUGAAUGAUAUAUUAUCACUUGUGAAUAAUGCCCAGCGUAAGGCAAGAAACAAAGCCUUUUUUCUUUCUUUUUUUUGAAUAGUAGUCGCACACCUCAUGUAGCCUAGCCCAUAGGCCUCUAUACAGUAUGUUUUGAUAAGGUUUGUAUCACAACUAAAGUGGCCAAAUAACUUCUUAAAAUUAAGCACAUUAAUCUGCUUUACAAGGGGCGUAGAGCCUAACUGGCAUACAUAAGCAGCACGUGAGUUUCAAGUCACCAUAAAAAUGCACCUUUUAUAAUAAAAGUAAUACAUGCAUAAUUGCAUUUGCGGUCACUUUUGAUAAUGGUGUUUUCCCGCUAAUGGAACAUUCGCACUUAUAGCCUACUGCAGUGUGCGCAUUGAUGCACUUAUAAUGUGAAGAAAUAGCCUAAUAGUUUAUCACAUUUUAAGCUAACUUUCUGAUCUGUUGCGUCAGCCUCAUUGCGUAAAAAGUGUUUUUGAUGCUAGUGGUUGUAUUAUUUUGGGAUCAAUCGCAACCCACAACUGUACCAGACUAUGUUUGGAAUAUUUAUUUCUCGCACAGAAUAGAGUAGGUCAACUUUUGUACUAUGGGGGGUAGUAGAUUGACAUAGGCAAGUGAUUUUGUUGUUCGUGAGGUCUACUCAUCUUGUUGGCUGACGAAAAGUAAAUGUGGACAGUUCUUCCCAUAUCUUCAAUACAUACCUCAGAAUUGGAUAAGGACGCGCGCAGUUGCGUCCCCGAAGUGUCUGUCUUCACUUGUAGCCUGUGAUGGAGAGCAAUGUGAGAGGUGCUUCGGAACACGCAGCACUCCAGGAGUAGGGAACUACGGCCGCUGGCCGCAAAUGGCAUGGAUUUUGUUAGGGUGCGUUACGGCCAAACAAAGGAGAUGCCGCCGGGAAAUUCAAGGCAUUAUCAAGUGCUUGUCAAAUUAUAAAUGAGAGACUGAUGAAGCAAAAAACAAAGCAGAGAUCAUACCUUUCAAGCAACUUUUUUAUAAUCAUCAUUAGUCGCAUCAUGCAGCCUUACAAUGUAUAAAAAUGGGUGGGGGGGAAUGGGUGGGUGGGGGGGGGGGCAAGGGCAAGCAAGCAGUUGUAAUUGGAGAAGUCCAUGUAGUCCUUCUCUGUUUUGUACUGUUCGGUGCUUAAUGAAUAGGACCCUGGUUGUGACUACUGUGUGUGUAUCCCAGGAUGAGGUGAAGAGGACAGGGGAGACGGGCGUGGAGGAAACCAUCCUGGAGGGCCACAUCGGGGUCACCAAGGAGCUGCUGGCCUUCCAGACAUCAGAGAAGAAGUACUACAUCGGCUGUGAGAAGGGAGGGGCCAACCUCAUCAAGGUAGGCUGGCGUCCAUUUUGUAUUGAAUUUAAUAUUUUUACUUAUUCACCGACAUUAGUGGGGCCCGCAGGCCAAACUUGGCCCUCGACAACAUUUGAUUUGGCCCGCCAGAAGCUUCUAGAAUGAUCUUAUGUGGUAAUAAAUAAAUUUUAAAAAAUGUUUUUUAGCAGUGACCUUCAUAUUUGUACGUGGCUGUAAUAAAUGUGCCGCAAGCAGUAAAUGUUACUUUCUUACCCUAUACUAACUCUCGCUCUCUCUCCCCCUACUCCCUCCUCUCUCUCUCCCCCCCCCCCUCUCUCCAGGAGUUGAUAGAUGACUUCAUUUUUCCCAGCAUCUAAUGUGUACCUGCAGUACAUGAAGAGUGGGGAGUUCCCCACGGAGCAGGCCAUCCCUGUCUGUAGCAGCCCCGCCUCUAUCAACGCAGGCUUCGAGCUGCUUGUGGCGCUGGCUGUGGGCUGUGUCCGGAACCUCAAGCAGAUGGUCGACACGCUCACUGACAUGUACUACCUAGGUAGGAGCUCUAAGAGGAAAACUACACAGAUUUAUUUGUUCUCCAUUAACUUUCACUGAUGAACUUUUGCACCUCAGAAAGCCAGAAAUACUAUUCCUAACUCUAGUUCUUUAUCUCAUCAUUACAUUAGUCUUUCUUCUCGAUUUAUGUUGGGGCGAUCACAUCCCUGCAACUCUAUGCUUAAAUUUAGUGAUACAAUCUAAAGUGAUAAGAACUUACUCACUGGUUUACUUCCCUUUAGGUUGUGAGGCACAGAACCUACCCACCUGUGUUAUUGUGUAUGGCCGAUUGACCACCCCCCCCCCCCCCCAAUCUCCCAGGUUGUGAGGCUCUGACAGAGUGGGAGUACCUCCCCCCGGUGGGACCGCGGCCCACUAAAGGCUUUGUGGGGCUGAAGAACGCCGGGGCCACCUGCUACAUGAACUCAGUCAUCCAGCAGCUCUACAUGAUCCCCCCCAUACGCAACGGCAUCCUGGCCAUUGAGGGCACCGGCACCGACGUGGACGAUGACAUGUCCGGUGAUGAGAAGCAGGAGAACGAGGUAAUGCAGGAGAGAGCGGUAUCGAGGAACAACUUUGGAAUGUAUAAUUUUCUGAAAGCAAAUACUAGGGUUUAGUCAUAGGGGGGUUGUUGCGUUUGUUAGUUAAUCCAUGUUUCGUUCAAAUAAAAUGUUAUUGGUCACAUACAGUGGGGAAAAAGUACUUAGUCAGCCACCAAUUGUGCAAGUUCUCCCACUUAAAAAGAUGAGAGGCCUGUAAUUUUCAUCAUAGGUACAUGUCAACUAUGACAGACAAAAUGAGGAAAAAAAAUCCAGAAAAUCACAUUGUAGGAUUUUUAAUGAAUUUAUUUGCAAAUUAUGGUGGAAAAUAAGUAUUUGGUCAAUAACAAAAGUUUCUCAAUACUUUGUUAUAUACCCUUUGUUGGCAAUGACACAGGUCAAACGUUUUCUGUAAGUCUUCACAAGGUUUUCACACACUGUUGCUGGUAUUUUGGCCCAUUCCUCCAUGCAGAUCUCCUCUAGAGCAGUGAUGUUUUGGGGCUGUCGCUGGGCAACACAGACUUUCAACUCCCUCCAAAGAUUUUCUAUGGGGUUGAGAUCUGGAGACUGGCUAGGCCACUCCAGGACCUUGAAAUGCUUCUUACGAAGCCACUCCUUCGUUGCCCGGGCGGUGUGUUUGGGAUCAUUGUCAUGCUGAAAGACCCAGCCACGUUUCAUCUUCAAUGCCCUUGCUGAUGGAAGGAAAAAUCUCACGAUACAUGGCCCCAUUCAUUCUUUCCUUUACACGGAUCAGUCGUCCUGGUCCCUUUGCAGAAAAACAGCCCCAAAGCAUGAUGUUUCCACCCCCAAAGCAUGAUGUUUCCACCCCCUUGCUUCACAGUAGGUAUGGUGUUCUUUGGAUGCAACUCAGCAUUCUUUGUCCUCCAAACACGACGAGUUGAGUUUUUACCAAAAAGUUCUAUUUUGGUUUCAUUUGACCAUAUGACAUUCUCCCAAUCCUCUUCUGGAUCAUCCAAAUGCACUCUAGCAAACUUCAGACGGGCCUGGACAUGUACUGGCUUAAGCAGGGGGACACGUCUGGCACUGCAGGAUUUGAGUCCCUGGCGGCGUAGUGUGUUACUGAUGGUAGGCUUUGUUACUUUGGUCCCAGCUCUCUGCAGGUCAUUCACUAGGUCCCCCCGUGUGGUUCUGGGAUUUUUGCUCACCGUUCUUGUGAUCAUUUUGACCCCACAGGGUGAGAUCUUGCAUGGAGCCCCAGAUCGAGGUAGAUUAUCAGUGGUCUUGUAUGUCUUCCAUUUCCUAAUAAUUGCUUCCACAGUUGAUUUCUUCAAACCAAGCUGCUUACCUAUUGCAGAUUCAGUCUUCCCAGCCUGGUGCAGGUCUACAAUUUUGUUUCUGGUGUCCUUUGACAGCUCUUUGGUCUUGGCCAUAGUGGAGUUUGGAGUGUGACUGUUUGAGGUUGUGGACAGGUGUAUUUUAUACUGAUAACAAGUUCAAACAGGUGCCAUUAAUACAGGUAACGAGUGGAGGACAGAGGAGCCUCUUAAAGAAGAAGUUACAGGUCUGUGAGAGCCAGAAAUGUUGCUUGUUUGUAGGUGACCAAAUACUUAUUUUCCACCAUAAUUUGCAAAUAAAUUCAUUAAAAAUCCUACAAUGUGAUUUUCUGGAUUUUUUUUCCUCAUUUUGUCUGUCAUAGUUGACAUGUACCUAUGAUGAAAAUUACAGGCCUCUCAUCUUUUUAAGUGGGAGAACUUGCACAAUUGGUGGCUGACUAAAUACUUUUUCCCCCCACUGUACACAUAUUUAGCAGAUGUUAUUGCGGGUGUAGUGAAAUGCUUGUGUUCCUAGCUCCAACAGUGCAGUAGUAUCUAACAGUUCACAACAAUAUACACAAAUCUCAAAGUAAAAUAAUGGAAUUAAGAAUAUAUAAAUAUUAGGAUGAGCAAUGUCGGAGUGGCAUUGACUAGAAUACAGUAUAUACAUAUGAAAUGAGUAAAACAGUAUGUAAACAUUAGUAAAGUGAUCAGUGAUUCCAUGUCUAUGUACAUAGGGCAGCAGCCUCUAAUUAACCGGGUGGUAGCGACUAAGUUCAGGGCAGGGUACUGGGUGGAAGCCGGCUAUUUAACAGUCUGAUGGCCUUCAGAUAGAAGCUGUUUUUCAGUCUCUCGGUCCCAUCUUUGAUGCACCUGUACUGACCUCGCCUUCUGGAUGAUAGUGGGGUGAACAGGCCGUGGCUCGGGUGGUUGAUGUCCUUGAUGAUCUUUUUGGCCUUCCUGUGACAUCGGGUGCUGUAGGUGUCCUGGAGGGCAGGCAGUGUGCCCACGGUGAUGCGUUGGGCAGACAGCACCACCCUCUGGAGAGCCCUGCGGUUGGUGGUGGUGCAGUUGCCGUACCAGGUGGUGAUACAGCCCGACAGGAUGCUAUCAAUUGUGCAUCUGUAAAAGUUUGUGAGGGUCUUAGGGGCCAAGCCGAAUUUCUUCAGCCUCCUGAGGUUGAAGAGGCGCUGUUGCGCCUUCUUCACCACACUGUCUGUGUGGGUGGACCAUUUCAGAUUGUCAGUGAUGUGUACUUGAAGCUUUUCACCUUCUCCACUGCGGUCGAUGUGGAUGGGGGCAUGCUCCCUCUGAAGUCCACGAUCAGCUCCUUCGAUUUGUUGAUGUUGAGGGAGAUGUUAUUUUCCUGGUACCACUCCGCCAGGGCCCUCAUCACCUCCCUGUGGGCUGUCUCAUCGUUGUUGGUAAUCAGGCCUACUACUGUUGUCGUCUGCCAAUUUGUUUAAGUUGGAAGUGUGCGUGGCCACCCAUGACUGCUUGGCCACGCACACUUCCAACUUAAUCAACAAGUUGGCAGACGACAACAGUAGUAGGCCUGAUCACCAACAACACUGAGCACACACCCUUGUGGGGCUCCUGUGUUGAGGAUCAGCGUAGUGGAGGUGUUGUUUCCUACCUUCACCACCUGGGGGCGGCCCGUCAGGAAGUCCAGGACCCAGUGGCACAGGGCGGGGUUCAGACCCAGGGCCUGGAGCUUAAUGAUGAGCUUGGAGGGUUCUAUGGUGUUGAAGGCUGAGUUGUAGUUCCAUUGAAAGCUGCAGUUGAUACUGUAGUUGUCGUUCAUUCAUACUUGCCCUAAUCAGAAAUUAGCUCCUUAGCUGAGACACUUUUAUGGCACUGAAGAUCUGGGGUGUUGCGGUAACACAGUGUGUGGUUUAAAACAUGUUCCAUUGUGUGUCCUAAUGACCAGGACCCAGCUUAACCCUGUGUGUCCAUCUGCCCAUACAGAGUAACGUGGACUCGCGGGACGAGGUGUUCAGCUACCACCACCAGUUUGACGACAAGCCGUCGCUCAGUAAGUCGGAGGACAGGAAGGAGUACAACAUCGGGGUGCUGCGGCACCUGCAGGUCAUCUUUGGCCACCUGGCCUCCUCCAGACUGCAGUACUACAUACCGAGAGGCUUCUGGAAACAGUUCAGGUCAGUGGAGGGGGGAGAACCUGGAAGAACCAGAUGGUUCAAAUACAUACCAGUAUAUUAAAGGCCCAAUGCAGCUGUGUUUAUCUCAAUAUCAAAUCAUUCUGUGGUCCUCUGUAGCUCAGCUGGUAGAGCACGGCGCUUGUAACGCCAAUGUAGUGGGUUCGAUCUCCGGGUUAUGCACGCAUGACUGUAAGUCGCUUUGGAUAAAAGCGUCUGCUAAAUGGCAUAUUAUAUUAUUAUUAUUAUUAUUAUUAUAUUAUUCUGGGUAACAAUUAAGUCCCUUAUUGUGAUCGUUUUCAAUCAAAAUGGUCAAAAAGAAACACACACACUAUUCAGUGCAUUCGGAAAGUAUUCAGACCCCUUCACUUUUUCCACAUUUUGUUACGCUACAGCCUUGUUCUAAAAUUGAUUAAAUUGUUGUUUUCUCAUCAAUCUACACACAAUACCCCAUAAUGACAAAGCAAAAACAGGUUUUUAGAUUUUUUUUGAAUAUGUAUAAAAAAUGGAAAUAUCACAUUUACAUAAGUAUUCAGACCAUUUACUCAGUACUUUGUUGAAGCACCUUUGGCAGCGAUUACUGCCUCGAGUCUUCUUGGGUAUGACGCUACAAGCUUGGCACACCUGUAUUUGGGGAGUUUCUCCCAUUCUUCUCUGCAGAUCCUCUCAAGCUAUGUCAGGUUGGAUGGGGAGUGUCGCUGCACAGCUGUUUUCAGGUCUCUCCAGAGAUGUUCGAUCGGGUUCAAGUCCGGGCUCUGCCUGGGCCACUCAAGGACAUUCAGAGACUUGUCCCGAAGCCACUCCUGUGUUGUCUUGGCUUUGUGCUUAGGGUCGUUGUCCUGUUGGAAGGUGAACCUUCGCCCCAGUCUGAGGUCCUGAGCGCUCUGGAGCAGGUUUUCAUUAAGGAUCUCUCUGUACUUUGCUCCGUUCAUCUUUCCCUCGAUCCUGACUAGUCUCCCAGUCCCUGCCGCUGGAAAACAUCACCACAGCAUGAUGCUGCCACCACCAUGCUUCACCGUAGGGAUGGUGCCAGGUUUCCUCCAGACAUGACACUUGGCAUUCAGGCCAAAGACUUUCAAUCUUGGUUUCAUCAGACCAGAGAAUCUUGUUGUCGCGACCAGGGAGACCCAUGAGGCGGCGCACAAUUGGCUCAGCGUCAUCCGGGUUAGGGGAGGGUUUGGCCAGCCGGGAUUUCCUUGUCCCAUCGCGCUCUAGCGACUCCUUGUGGCGGGCCGGGAGCAUUCACGCUGACUUCGGUCGCCAGUUGUACGGUGUUUCCUCCGACACAUUGUUGCGGCUGGCAUCCGGGUUAAGCGAGCAGUGUGUCAAGAAGCAGUGCGGCUUGGCAGGGUCGUGUUUUGGAGGACGCAUGGCUCUCGACCUUCGCCUCUCCUGAGUCCGUACGGGAGUUGCAGGGAUGGAACAAGACUGUAGCUACCAAUUUGGAUAUCACGAAAUUGGGGAGAAAAAGUGUUAAGUACAGUAAAUAAAUAAUAAUAAAUCACAACAUUCACUUAAAAUGAACCUUACACAUAACGGUGUUGGGCAAUUUGGAAAGCCAUAAUCAAUCAAUAAUAUAAUACUUGUAGGUCUAAGGCAUUGAAAGGUUUUCAUCUUUAGCUCUGAAUCUGUGGAUACUAUGCCAUUAGAAAGUUUCAAAAUUCAUGUAAAACAUCACAGCACAAUUGAAAAAUAUAUAUGGCACAUGGGAACCAAACGAGGGUGGUCUACGGUGAUAGGUGGGAUGGGCCUAGAGUGGCUGAGGGGUGGGAUUAAAGAGCUCAUGUUCGGUAAUGUAUUAUUGUUAUGUGGUUGCUGUAUAUAAAAGUACAAUGAAUAUGUAAAGUGUGAUACUGUGUGUAAAAUGUAUGUAUAUGUAGCAAAAAAGCUGUAAAAACAAAAAUAUAUUUGUCCUCUGAAGAGGGGGGGGGGUGGUGGAUUGGUUAAUAAAGAAAAUAGUUGUUUCUAAUUACAUCGGUGUGCAUCGUGUGAUUUUAACCAAUUAUGAGAAGGCAUUUCCUACUAAUUGGUUGGUGAUGUCGUUAAAAACACUUAUCGUCCUAUCUUUUUUACUACAAAAACGCAAUUUUCACCACAUGUGUUGAUGUUGGGUUGGAGCUGGAGAUUAUGAAUAUGAAGUAGAAUUUGUUUUUAAAUGUCCCUUUUAAAUACUUUAAAAUACUUGACCUGCACUUGGUUUAGUUUGUCUUGUACAAUGGAACCAGUGCUAUAGUCCCAAAAGUGCUACUCCACCUUUUCCUCUCACCUUUCUUCCCUCUCUCCCUCCAUCCCUUCUAACCUCAUCCCCUCCUGUAGGUUAUGGGGUGAGCCGGUGAACCUGCGAGAGCAGCACGAUGCCCUGGAGUUCUUCAACUCUCUAGUGGACAGUCUGGACGAGGCUCUGAAAGCCCUGGGUCACCCAGCCAUGCUCAGUAAGGUGCUGGGUGGAUCCUUUGCUGACCAGAAGAUCUGCCAGGGGUGCCCACAUAGGUAACACACACACACUGCCAUAGGAACACAUCUAAGAUCAGUAAUAUCUUGGCAAAUCAUAACCUUAACCAUUAUGGGGGAGAAUGUGAAACUGACUUGAGAUCUGGUCUAGGGGCAAAAUGGUGUUUACGCACCUCAAGGUAAUUGAUUUGAAGAUGUCAAUUUCUACAGAGAGAGAGAUUUGUUUGUUGUGGUUUAAUAUGAGGCUGCUACAGUGUUUAGUCUCUCCAUGUUGCCUCCCACCAUUUUCAAAUGUUCUGGCUUAACAUGUUCCAGCAUAACAUGUCUUUGUCACUACCUACAUCACUACCUUAUCUGCUUGAUUAAAAUACAAAAUAGUAGCUAGCAAGAUUGAGAUCAGAGAUCAUUUCGCAAGUGCACUGUAAAACCGGAUAAGUUCUGGCUACUCAAACAUUCUGAGGAAAUGGAUUACGUAAAAAAUAAAUAAGAAAUAGCUGAAGUGAGCAGUACUACCUUCAUAUGAGUAAUACAAAUGCAUUUUCUUUUAUUAAGGUAUACUUACAUUUAAUGCCCCCACAAACCACGCCUCCAAUUCUUUCCCGGUGUGCCUUGCUUUUUCGAUUUGAAUUGUAGAGUUACCACCCAUGACUGUAUUUGUUAGUGACAGACAUUGUUUCAUUCGUUCAUUUUCAGUCCUAUGGCCUUCACCAAGUGAAUAUUUGCAUGAAAAUCUGUCGCCAAUUGGAUGGAAACCUAGCUAGUGAAACCAGACCCUAGUCACUGCUGUUGCCUAGGGUCACGUUUACGAGGCUAUACAGUGUUGGUUGUAACUUAUGUGGAUAUUGUGUGUGUGCUACAGGUAUGAGUGUGAGGAGUCGUUCACCACUCUGAAUGUAGACAUCAGGAACCACCAGAACCUGUUGGACUCAAUGGAGCAGUAUGUCAAAGGAGACCUGCUGGAGGGAGCUAACGCAUAUCACUGUGAGAAGUGCAACAAGAAGGUGAGAGACAACUCACUUCGGCCUGAUUAAUCAGAUAUUAUUUAUUAUGUCUGUUAUCAGAAAACAAGAAUUUACAGAAAAAUAAAGUUAUUCUUAUCAGAUCUUACAAUUGAAAUUGACCAAUAGGCCUUUUUCCUAACUAGCUACAUUCCUGUAGGCUUUCCAGGGUUGUAGCGAAAGCCUGCAUACCCAGUAGGUCUCCGGGAGGACGGUUAGCUUAGGCCCCCUGACCUGAAGGCUAGUAGCAGUAAUGUGUUGGUCCUCUCCCGCCUCCCUCCAGGUGGACACAGUGAAGCGGCUGUUGAUCAAGAAGCUUCCCCCAGUGCUGGCCAUCCAGCUGAAGAGGUUUGACUACGACUGGGAGAGGGAGUGUGCCAUUAAGUUCAACGACUACUUUGAGUUCCCAAGGGAGCUGGACAUGGAGCCCUACACGGUAGCCGGGGUGGCCAAGCUGGAGGGGGACGACGUCAACCCAGAGAACCAGGUUAGGGAUGGCAUGAUGAUGACACAGAUUAUUACAUUAUCGUGUGGAGAAAUACGGAAUUAAUGUAUAUUUUAAUAUGUUCAUAAUGUAGUUGUCGUUCUCAUUUCAAAUAUCUGAAAUGUUUGAAAUAUUUCAUGUAAAUUUAAUUCAGAUAGGAUCACAUUUAGAGGGACAAAAUCAGUGUCAGAUGUCUUCAGACCUCACUUUGGCGUGAACUGCCCUUUAAACAAACCAAUUAAGUGGUUCACUUCAACAUCAAUUAUGGUGUCCUGCCCUCAGGUGAUCCAGCAGAACGAGCCCUCUGAACCAGAGCCACCAGGCAGCUCCAAGUACCGCCUAGUGGGGGUGCUGGUCCACUCAGGCCAGGCCAGCGGCGGACACUACUACUCCUACAUCACGCAGAGGAACGUGGGUGGGGCAGACGGCGAGCGUAACCGCUGGUACAAGUUUGACGACGGCGACGUGACGGAGUGCAAGAUGGACGACGAGGAGGAGAUGAAGAACCAGUGCUUUGGAGGGGAGUACAUGGGCGAGGUGUUUGACCACAUGAUGAAGAGGAUGUCGUACCGGCGUCAGAAGCGCUGGUGGAACGCCUACAUCCUCUUCUACGAGCGGAUGGACUCACUGGACAAGGACAGUGAGCUGGUCAAAUACAUUCAGGAACUGACCAUCUCGUCCUCGUCCAACAACAAGCCACCACACCAGGUCAAGAUGCCCGGUGUAAUCGAGUGCAGCGUGCGCAAGCAGAACGUGCAGUUCAUGCACAAUCGUAUGCAAUACAGCCUGGAGUAUUUCCAGUUUGUUAAGAAACUUCUGACCUGUAACAGUGUCUAUUUAAACCCUCCGCCAGGUAAGUGGAACACACACACACACAGGCUUCAGAAUACCUCCUUUUGAGUUUUAGAGCUCUUCUCAGGGCAGGUGUUGAUGCUACUCUGAGGCUUUGUUUGUCUCCUUUGUUCUCUCCCGUUAUGUCCCCUGCUAAUGUGUACAACCCAAGACGUGAGAUUGCUAUUACUGUGAUUUGCCUUUUUCAUUUGUGCGCUGUGAAUGGCCCAGCCUCUCUCCUUAGUACCAAAACAAGGCUUUUUAUCACUGUAAUAGCGAUAUAUGACAUUUGCUUUUGCUUUAAUAGCUGAUACUUUCAUUCCUUUCAAUAUUUAAAAAGAUGAAAAUGAUACCCCCUCGUUUUAAUCUUACCACUGGUAACACCGUAUUGGAGAUGUAUACAAAUUCACCACCCCCUUGGAGAGUUGUAUGGAGAGGGAGAGUGUAGGAUGGCAGAGCUGAACAUAACAUUGGCAGACAGUAAACUGCAGGAGUUUCCUCUGCCUUCUGAAGUUAAUAUGAGCCAAUGCAUUAUUAAUGCAGCCAGCCAGGCCACAGUGUACUGCUGUCUGUCUGUCUGCACGACAGGCACAGGGAAAUGAACCCACUACUGCAGGGUUAGCCAUCAGUGUAAAAGCACUUGUUUGGGAUUGAAUGCUUCAGCUCAUCAAGUAUGUAUGUGGGUGGAGGAGGGAGAGGUGUGUGUGUGGAGGUUUGUUAGUAUGUGUUUGUUUCUUAUAGUGUCUUGUGUGCAAACGGGCAACUGUUCUCGUCAAUGUCCCCAAUUUCAGCCUCUCAUUUAGGAGUAAGCAGCAAAUUGGGUCAUACGGCUCUAUUUGAACGUGAUAAGAUUCUUGGAUUCGGCUCCAGUGACUGACUCACACCUUAACUUUGAAAUUGAAAUAUCUACGGAAUAGUCUCUCGCUGAAUAUUCUGCAAUACCCGCUUAAUCCUUCACUAAUUUGCGUUUAGAGAAGAAACAUUAAUUUAGUUUUUUUGUUUUCCUUUGAAAUUUUCCAUUAGGAACUUUAAUGUUCAUUUGUGACUGAAGUCUGAAGCGAUGUUUAUGUUGUGUGGUUGAAUCAGGACAAGACCAUCUACUGCCUGAGGCGGAGGAGAUGGCUAUGAUUAGUGUUCAGCUGGCUGCUAAGUUCCUCUUCAGCACUGGGUUCCACACCAAGAAAGUAGUGAGGGGGCCCGCCAGUGAUUGGUGAGUGCUGUCUCUCACCUUUCAACUUUGACCUGUGUUCAGAUGUUGACCUGAGUGAAUGAUCUUUGUUUUGUUAUUCUUUGUGUUCUUAUUCAUUGCUAUCCCCGUCUCAUCGGUCUCCCCUUUUUCCUCCCCACUCUUUCUCUCCACUCUCCCUUGCAUCAUUCUCUCCCUUUCUGAAACUCUCCGAUCUUCCUCUAUCCCUUUCUCUAACCACAUGUGUAUCUCUCUCCCUCUCCAUCCCCAGGUAUGAUGCGCUGUGCAUCCUUCUGAGACACAGUAAGAAUGUACGCUACUGGUUUGCACACAACUUCCUGUUUGCCUACGCCAACCGCUUCUCCGAGUACCUGCUGGAGUGCCCCAGUGCCGAGGUUCGGGGCGCGUUCGCCAAACUCAUCGUCUUCAUUGCACACUUCUCCCUGCAAGACGGACCCUGCCCCUCCCCCACUGCCUCCCCCGUCGGAGCCUCCACCCAACCACAGGUGAAUGGCUGGUUCUCCUAGUCCUAAAACACAAACUAUCAGGGUGGUGUUCAGUAGGCAGUGGGAUAAAUGUUUUGAAACAGAGCAGGUACUACCUGGAAUUGUCCAAUAAGAUAUCUAGUUUUCGGCUUCGGUUUUAAAAUGUUUCCCCCAUUUCAUGCAUAUUGAGCAUUACCCCAUACAAAGCACUUUUUCUCUGGUCCUGUGGAAUAUGUGUUAAACUUCCCCUCUUUCUCUCUCUCCCUCCCCUUUCCCGGUCUGUGUCAGGCAUGUGAUAACCUGAGUCUCAGUGACCACCUGUUGAGGGCUGUGUUGAACCUGCUCAGGAGAGAGGUGUCAGAGCACGGCCGACACCUGCAGCAGUACUUCAACCUCUUCGUUAUGUACGCCAACCUGGGUAAGGAACACACACAGCCUGUCAUACACACCUACUCUCUCAACCCCUCGAGGAAAUGUAUGGAUCGCUGGCUAUUCAUUUCUCUUCUUGCCUUGCUCUUCUUUUCUUCCUUAUACCCUCCCUCCCACCCUUCUCCAGGGCUGGCAGAGAAGACCCAAUUGUUGAAGCUGAGUGUCCCAGCUACCUUCAUGCUGGUGGCUCUAGAUGAGGGGCCUGGCCCUCCCAUAAAGUACCAGUAUGCUGAACUAGGCAAACUGUACACCGUGGUCUCCCAACUGGUGCGCUGCUGUGACGUGGCCGCGCGCAUGCAGUCCUCCAUCAAUGGUGAGUUCACACAGAGGUCAGGGGUGAGGGGUUGUGACCUAUGAUCGACGGACAAAGACGAACCAGUAUCAACUGGGUCGUCGUAUUCAUUGUGUUUCUCUCUCUCCCUCCUCUUUCUCUCUCCCUCUUUCUUUCUCUUGCGCUCUCUCUUCUCUCUCUCCAUCCAGGUAACCCCCCGCUCCCUAAUCCGUAUGGUGAUGCCAACCAGACCACCCCGGUGAUGCCCCUGCAGCAGCUGGUGGGAGAGAUCCUGUUUGUAAGGACCAGCUACGUGAAAAAGAUCAUUGAGGACUGCAGCAACUCCGAGGAGACGGUCAAGCUGCUGCGCUUCAGCUGCUGGGAAAACCCCCAGUUCUCCUCCACUGUACUAUCGGAGCUGCUCUGG